ACAGCCAAAUUCACAAAUGCUUUGGAAAUACCUCCAGAAUUUAUACAGAAGAAUGCUAAGCUACGUGGACAAUUGCAUCGAAUAACUGAGCAAGGAUUAGAAAUUGAACAUGUACCUAUUACCCUUCCAAUCAUUUCCUCUCUGCAGAAAAGAUGGCAUUCAAAUGGUUUGUUGCUUGUCAGGCUUGCUGGUGUGGAGUUAACAUCUGAUGGUGUAAUCUGGUUAAAAGAAGAAAUGAAACCUUCACAAAUGAUUUGGUUCCAGCUUUUGGGCAGAAAAGAAUCAUCACUUGAUUGCUUCGUAAUAGUAAAUAAGGGGAGAUUUUCCAGUGUUUGUUUAAAUGAAGAGAUCUUGCGACGGGGGCUUGGCAGGACAGUUUGUAUUGAAGGAUUGGCUCAUGAAUCUCAGAUAUACUGGAAGUUUCACAAGAGGCUACUUCAAGCAGAAAUGAAAGCUGUGAAAAAAAAGAAAGGAAUCUGGAAAGAAGAGACACUCAUUGAAAAGUUCAAGGAACACAUCAACAAUUAUAAACUUAUCCAAAAAUUAAAGCAGUUUGCAACAUGGUUGAGAAUCCGGCUAUGAAAACAAUUGCUUGGAGGAACCUAAAUGGAGCAGGGAGUAGCACUGCGUUCAUUUGUGAAAAUGAUGUAACUAAGUUCUUAAGAAGAUGAAAACAUCUGAUACCGAUGUCUUAAGAAAAUGCGCAUAUACAAUACACAUAAUUAUUGUUAAAAAAUGUAUCUACGCUUUUUCACAAAGAAUAACUUUAGGCUGUCUAAUAUGGAAAUAUGGAAUUAUUGGUGAUGUAUUUUACAAAGAUUGCAUGAAAGUUCAGGGAAAGAAAAGAAAAGAAAAAGCAAGGAAUGGUUUCCAUUAUUACUUUUUGUGCAAAAAAUUGGUCAGCUUUUUUAUGAUAGGACAGCUAUAACUGAUGCUUGACCUUUGGCAACAUUAUACAUGUUUCUAGAUCAGUGAUGGCUAACCUUUUCGGCAAUCAGUACCAAAACUGGAGCCUGUGUGUGUGCUGGAGCACCGAAACCUGGAAGAGAGCAGCUGGCCGGUGCACAUUCGUGUGGUGACCAGAUGCUCUUUCGGGUUCCAGCCCGCACAUACACACCGGAAAGCUGGUCUUCAUGGAAAGACCCGGAAGAGCAGCUGGUGACAGCACGCAUGCCCAGAGAGAGAGCUCUGCAUGCCACCUCUUUCACCCGUGCCAUGGGUUCGCCAUCACGGUUCUCGAUGCUGAAUUUGGCUUAGUUUGGAAGACUGCUUUCUGGCUUCAGUUUAUGAUGGCAUGAUAUUAUUUAAUGCUCUUGGGACAAUGGUCUGAUUUAAGUUCACACUGGCACUGGUUGAAAAUGAUUAGCUAAUAAUUAUAUAAAUUAGCCUCAUAAACAUUGUGCAUUUGGUGCUGUCUGUUCUAGAGGUGGUUCUUAAUAGAUGUUACAAUACCACCCACCACCUAUAAAUAUCAAAGUGUAGCAAUUGCAAUUCUGGGUCGUUGCUCCUAUUAACUAUAUCAGGUUUCUUUCAGAAAAGGAAGAAAUUAUAUCAGCCAAACUAUCUUAUCUGUACAUAGUGUAUGCUCUCUUUGGUCUGUGUCCGUGUGGCUUCAUUCCUUUGUUCUGUUUAUUUCUCUUUGCUUCGUGAUGCCACAUGGAAAAAUUAAAUGCAGCGGCCUGUAUAAUUUGUUUAUCAAAGAGAAUAACUAAUUUCAGAGAGACCAACGUGCUCAAGAGUCAGUAUUACUGCUUAUGUUUUAUAGACCUAAUGUUUUAAGGGACGAAGAAGGAAGUGACAUUGAAAUUAUGGACUUGUGCUCAAGGCAAGUUUGUGUUGGAUUCGAAUGUAAAGAUUAAUUGACCUGAUCAUAAGAUGUGCUCACAUGAAUAGAUUUACUUUGGUAGAACAUUAUGUAUAACUGUGUUCUGAACCACUUAUUUAUAUGCUUAACUAGCACUUGACAACAUUUUGAAUGGUCUUGCCAAUGUAGGUAAUAUAUAUAGAGAUAAUAUAUCUACAUUGAGAAUUAAAUCUUAUAGAAAUAUUUUUUUUGCUGAUCUGUAUUGUCUUAAAAUUACUUCAAUACAAAGCAAUAUGUAUUCCUUAAAUAUCAAUAUAUAAAAUGCAGUUCUUCAAUCCCCCUAAUAUAGUUAUUUUUCCUUGUAACUUUAGCUAUACUGAUAGUAAUUUUGAUAUUGGUAGAAAGACAACUCUGCCUGGCUAGAAAAUGAGAGGUUGUGAGUUCUAGUCCUGUCUUAGGCAUGAGAGCCAGUUAGGUGACAUUUUGGGCCAGUCAUUCUCCAGUCACUGAGAUAGAGAGUGUGACUAUCUCAAUGUCACCCAGCUGGCUUUAUGCCUGGGGUGGGACUAAAACUCACAAUCUCUAUACCCGAAUGGCUCUCUUGGGUGUAAUAAGCCCAAUUCAUUUUUCAUUGUCUUUAGGGAUAGGAUUAUCUCAUUCUUCUCAUAGAAUGUGUUUGAAGUGUGUACUUCAGUUAAAAAAACACUCUUCAGAUCGGAAUGAUGACUUAAAUAAAUCUUAUGAGUAUUAAAAACCUGUUUUAAGAAUGGAACCGGGUAAUAUAAUCUGCAGAUUUAUUUUCCAGACCCAAAGCUAGCGUAAUUUCCACCACAAAUUAAACCUUCCUAAUAAUUUUAAAUACAGUCCUGUUGUUCUACCUGAUUUAAAGCCUAGCUUUUAAAAAGUGCAUUUUAUAUCGAAGAAUGACAUUAAAUCCUGAUUUCUGUCUUCAAGAUUUUAUCCUGGUCACUUCAUUCAGCAUGAUUCCACUGGCUGGUAUCAUAGGCUGAUAAAUAGUAGCAAAAUUAUUUCUGAGGGAUAAAGGAGAUUCAUUCUGGCAUGUUGCUGUUAUAUUACAAAUAUUGUAUUUAGUAGAACAAUAAUGCUAUAAAACUUCAGUGGGGAAUUGCUCUCCUCUUUCUCUCCAUUUAUGAAGGGUCCAGCUCCCCAACCAUGUCACUUCUAAUUAUCUUUGGAUAAAGUUUCUUCAGCUGGAGCCCAUGAUGCUUUGCUUUGAAACGGCACUCUCUUCAGGCGAAUUGAAUAACAUCAAUGGGGUGUUUCUAUGGUUUCAGCCAGGCCAAAACUGGACAGUGAUGAAAAGGUGAAACUUAAGCUGGCUGCUCCUAGAGGUCACCGUUCCCCCAUUCUAGCCUCCCUUCCUUCAAGCUGUCUGCAAAGCCAAUGCAUCAGAUUGACAAUAAUUCCUUUUUGCAACCCCUAGGAUAAAGAAAAGAGUGCCACUUCCAAAACCUGCACUCUUUCUUAGAUGCAAGGCUGCUUUGCAUAUAUUAAACAUAAGAGCUGAUGUGAUCUGCCCGUUAAGAAUCACUCAGAUCUGACUGCAACUGAACUUCCUACUGCUGUAGCCUCAGGCGCACAUAAUGACUGUGCUCAGUUGCACUAACAUUUAAUUGGUUUGUUUAGUUUUAGUUUGGCUUGCUUUAUGUGUCACAUGAACCAGUCAUGGGUGAUACAUCAUAAUCUAUGGUUAAGCAGUACUGGAUACAAAUUAAAAGUGGUUGAUUUAGUAACCAUGGUUUAGGGUCUUGUGGGAACCCAGAUAAUAAAAUAGAAGUGGAAUCCUUUUGCAGCCAGAAAACACAUUUAAAAUACAAACGCAAAACAAUUGUCUAAUACAGAGAGUGACAUGGUGAUACCUCAGGAAGAGACAUGGCUAAUAAUUUUGUCCAAUUCUUUCUGUGAUUCAGGAUGUGGGAUUAAAGCAAAGUCAAUGUGUUAGCCUACUAUAGGCUUAAAGCUCCUGUUGAAUUAAAAAAAUAAAUAAAGCAAAAUACUGCACCAUC